AUGUUGGCCGCGUUGGUCGUGCUCGCGUGUUGCACGAUCGGUUUCGCACCCGCGGUUGAAGGUGCCAAAAUUCUGGGCAUUUUUUCAACGACCGCCCGUUCGCACUUUAUCGUUGGAUCGGCCCUGAUGAGGGAACUGGCUCGGCGUGGUCACGAGGUGACCGUUAUCAAUCAGUUUCCGCAGAAGAAACCGCUGAAAAAUUAUCGCGACAUUGAUGUUACCGUCAAUGAAGAUUUUCUACAGAAACUAAUUCCCAACAUGUUCGAUAUGGCCGAUCAAUCGGUUUGGGAGAGCAUAACAAAAACGUACGAGUUUGGACACAUGCUCACGAAUCAGUCGCUACGCCACCCGAACGUCGUUAAGUUGAUCAAUUCGAACGAAAAAUUUGACCUCGUCGUGAUGGAGAACUUUCUCAACGAUGCCCAUCUCGGUUUCGCGCAUCUUUUCAAAGCGCCGUGCAUUGCGGUGUCGACUUUCGGUGCAUCCCGCUGGACAAACGAAAUGGUCGGAACACCUUCGCCCACUUCCUAUGUACCGCAUCCGUUUCUGCGCUUCACGGACCGGAUGACAUUCGUUGAGCGCAUAGGCAACAUGUUGGUGACGGUCAUGGAUAUGGUUGUUGGUCAACUGCUCGAUGCUCCAGUACAGAGUGCUUUGUACGAAGAGUCUUUCCCCGGACCAAAACCUCCGCUCGAGUACCUGCGCAAGCAUUCCGUGUCGCUGGUGUUGGUCAACAAUCACUUCAGUCUCAGCUAUCCGCGCCCGUACGUGCCAAACAUGAUCGAGGUGGGCGGUAUGCACGUGAAACGCAAACCGAACCCACUGCCGGAAGACAUCAAAGCCAUUCUGGACAACGCAACCGAGGGUGUGAUCUAUUUCUCGCUCGGAUCGAACCUCCAGAGCCGCCAGCUGCCGGCGGCGAAGCGCGAUGCGAUCCUCCGGGUGUUUGCCGGACUUAAGCAGACGGUGCUUUGGAAGUGGGAAGACGAAACGUUACCGAACAAACCCGACAACGUGAUCGUGCAGGCGUGGUGGCCACAGGACGACAUCCUGGCACAUCCCAAUGUGAGGCUUUUCAUCACGCACGGAGGACUGCUCAGCACGACGGAGUCGAUGUUCCACGGGGUGCCGGUGAUCGGUAUUCCGGUGUUUGGCGAUCAGUUCCUGAACAUGGGCAAAGCGGAACGCACUGGGUAUGGAUUGCUGCUGCCAUUCCAGGAAAUCACGGAGGACCGGCUCCGGACAACGAUCGGUAAGAUACUGAGUGAUCCGAGCUAUCGGACCGUGGCUCAAACAAUCUCGGCUCGCUACCGGGACCAACCGCUGGAUCCACUCGAUAUGGCCGUAUAUUGGGUGGAGUACGUAAUCCGCCACAAGGGUGCGGGUCACCUGAAGUCGGCCGGCCAGGAGCUCAAUUUUGUGCAGUACCACGGCAUCGAUGUGCUGGCCACGAUCGUCGGAUUACCGGUGCUGUUCGUGUACCUUCUGGCGAAACUGUUGUGUAGAGCGUUGACGAAAAAGCAGACCACCGCAGCCGUACCGGGCGGGUCGAAGAAGAAGCGAAAUUAACCACCAAAUGUUUGCCUGGUUUCGA